GACCUCCUCGGCUGGAGCGCGGAAGGCUGCGGUGACUGAAUGAGGGACCCCCGAGGGACCCAGGCCCUCAGGCUGGAGCUCCGAGGCUCUGGGGUGGGGACUGCUGCCUCCGGCUCUGACAGGUGGUCGUGCGGGGGACGCCCCGAGGUUUGCGUCUUCGACCGAGUGACUGAGGCUCGGGUCAGCCGAGGCGCGGGUCUCCUAGGUGUUCCGAAUCUUGACUUCUGUAUGGCUUUCCAAUUUUAGUUGAAAUUCCCUCCAUGGCCUUUUGGAGUCCAGUGGUGUAUCUCCAGAAUAAAUUUCAAUUACUCUACAUUUCAUCAAUGUUGGAGUGGCAAGAAAAAGGAAUAACUGAUUUGGGGUGAAAAGUUCUUUUUCUAGGUGUAACGAACUGUAAACUUUUAAAAAGAAAAGCAAAGAUGGGUGAGAAGAAACCAGAGCCUUUGGACUUCGUGAAAGACUUUCAGGAAUACCUGACUCAGCAGACCCAUCAUGUGAACAUGAUUUCUGGAUCAGUUAGUGGGGACAAAGAAGCAGAGGCUCUUCAGGGAGCUGGAACAGAUGGUGAUCAAAAUGGACUGGAUCACCCAUCUGUUGAAGUUUCCCUGGAUGAAAACUCAGGAAUGUUAGUAGACGGGUUUGAAAGGACCUUUGAUGGGAAGCUCAAGUGUCGCUACUGCAACUAUGCCAGCAAAGGAACAGCCCGGCUUAUUGAACAUAUUAGAAUCCACACAGGUGAGAAACCUCAUCGAUGUCACUUAUGUCCAUUCGCAUCUGCUUAUGAGCGUCAUCUGGAAGCCCAUAUGCGUUCCCAUACUGGAGAAAAACCAUACAAAUGUGAAUUAUGUUCCUUCCGCUGCAGUGAUCGAAGUAACCUAUCCCAUCAUCGAAGGCGAAAGCAUAAAAUGGUGCCAAUUAAAGGUACUAGGUCUUCCUUAAGCAGCAAGAAAAUGUGGGGGGUUUUACAGAAGAAGACAAGCAACCUGGGAUAUAGCAGAAGAGCACUAAUCAACUUAAGUCCACCUUCCAUGGUGGUUCAGAAACCAGACUACCUUAAUGAUUUUACUCAUGAAAUCCCAAAUAUCCAGACUGACUCCUAUGAAAGUAUGGCAAAAACCACACCAACUGGUGGCCUACCACGGGACCCCCAAGAACUUAUGGUUGACAACCCUUUAAAUCAGCUCUCAACUCUAGCAGGACAGUUGUCCAGUUUGCCACCUGAAAACCAAAACCCUGCUUCUCCUGAUGUAGUUCCCUGCCCAGAUGAAAAGCCUUUCAUGAUUCAGCAGCCCGCCACCCAAGCAGUAGUUUCUGCUGUGUCAGCAAGUAUUCCUCAGAGCUCCUCUCCUACAAGCCCCGAACCUCGGCCAUCACAUAGUCAGAGGAACUAUAGUCCAGUGGCAGGUCCAAGCAGUGAACCAAGUGCCCACACGAGUACUCCUAGCAUAGGAAACAGCCAGCCAAGUACUCCAGCCCCAACCCUGCCAGUCCAGGAUCCUCAGCUUCUGCACCACUGCCAGCACUGUGACAUGUACUUUGCAGACAAUAUCCUUUACACUAUUCAUAUGGGAUGUCAUGGGUAUGAAAAUCCUUUUCAGUGUAAUAUAUGUGGAUGCAAAUGUAAAAACAAGUAUGAUUUUGCCUGUCAUUUUGCAAGAGGGCAACAUAACCAACACUGAUAGAAAACAAUCACAUGUUUUGUUUGAUUUUUAUCUUUCGGUGUUUUAUAGUUUAUGUUUUGUUCUGUUUGUUUUGUUUUGGUCAUCCUUAAUAAGGUGUCUUCUAAUUUAAAGACAUUAUAAUUCAUAGAUAAUAAAUUUGACAGUGGAAACAAAAGCCCUUCUCCCCUUUUUUUCUUUUCAUAAAAAUCUGGUCAUGGUCAUUUAUGUAUUAGAAUAGUUAGAUGCACUGGUAUUGACAUUUUUUUCAUUGAGGCAUUUUAGAAUUGGAGUGCAAUUAUAAUUUUAUAGGUGUUCAUUUAAAUUUUCCGCAUUUGUGGUCCAUAAAAACUUCAAGACUUAUCCACACUCUUGAUAAUUUCAAUAUAUACCUUGCAGCUAGAUGUUAUUUCUGCCAUAUUUCAAAAUGGUAGAAAUAUUUUCUCUUACAAUUUACUUCAGUGUUUAGUAGAGAAGUUGCUUUUAAAAUUACUCUUAAUUGAAAUACCAUUUAGUUCACAUACCUUAUGUUGAAUUGGUAUUAUUUCAGAUAUAAAGCUAUUUCAGUGUAGUAGACCUUAAUUUUCUACAAGGGGAAACAGUUCAUUCUUUUUAAAAUUGAAGUUUCAAAAAUUCAAGGUGAAAGUUAAGAAAUGAAACAAGACUUUAAACUGAAAUUUGUGUUUAAUAUUUAAAAAACGUUAAUUCAAUUUCUAGUUUAAACAUACAACAGUUUUGCAUUGGACUUUUACUAUAUUUUUAGUUUAUUUUUGAAAACCACAGGUAAAUACACGAUUGUGCUAGUUGACUUUUUGCCUUUUAAUUUGAGGAGUUUUAAUUUCCUUUUCAUUUAAAACCUUGAUUCUGACAUUGUUAGUUUCAAGUGAAGUUUUUAAUGGUUUUGAGAUUGUUAUUUUUCCUAUUCCUUUGAUAACCAAAGAGGUAAAAUGGAAAUCAUCCAUCUUAUCAAUAAAAUGCAGUCCUUCAGUAAAACCUCUCCAGUUUCCUUUCCCUGCCUUCCAUUUAUUGCCUAUAAUUGACAAGAAAAGGUGGUUAUAGGAACACAUGGAAAAUGUGAUGGUAAAGCAAUGUUAGCAAGACAGAGAACAUGUGUCCAAAAUGGAUUCUGGUCCCUUCAUAACUGGCUAUUUAAAAUAUUUUCUGUGACUUCAAAUUGGAAUUCUUAUUUGCAUAUUUUUUAUCUUCAUGUACAGUGAUAAAAUUAUAUGGAAACUGUGAUUGAAUCAUCGCCUUAGUAGAAAAGGAUAUGGUGUGAAAAUAGAUAUAAGAUGCAUUUAAGCUUGAUAUUUGUUUAUAAAAAUAUAACUUUCUGAAUAAAUCUAGAUAAUUCAUUUUGGAUAGGAUACUUGUUUUUAUAUUAUGUAAUAACUAGCUUACUCUGAAUAGAAAUUGGUCAAAUAAUAAAAUACAUUGUUACUAACUGUUGGUUUCUGUAUAAUUUGCAAAAAUUUUGUCUUUAAUUUGGUUUAUAUCUUGAAAGUACUCCUAAUUGGCUUCUAAUUAAAGAGAAUAUCCUAACUAUUAAGCAUCUAUUAACAGAAAAGGGUCUCUAAGUAAAUAAAAGGAUGGUAAAUACUCACAAACCCCAAGUGCCAAGUUAAUAAAUCAUCUGCCCUCCCUUCCAAAUGCUACAGAGCCAUUAAAAUGAAUUAUUGUGGUCUUAUAUCCAAUCCUAGCUAACCUCAACUGCAUUGUUUAAAGAACAUUAUGGACAGUUUCCUCAAACUAAAACUCUUCUUGUCAAAUCUUGUGAAUCUAAAAUCCUACAAUUGUAUUUUGCUCUGUUAUUUCACUUAUUCACUGAGCCAAUCAGUUUUAUAAUAGCAAUUUCCAAAUGUACAACUUGGCUCUAGUAUUUAUUAAUGGCCAGAAAGAAGCAGGUUAUCAUUUGGAAGCUUUUGCAACUAUUUUUUUCUUUUAUAUAAUCUUCAAAUAAAAGCAAUACCCCAAGACAGAAAAAGAAAAUGUUUAUUAAACAAAGAGGAAGAACUCAUUAAAACUAGCUUAUUAACUAUAUAUGCUGGCUCAAUAGUGACAAGUACAGUUUUAUCUAACAACUAAAAUGGAUGUUUUGAAGGUGAAUUUUAAUUUAAACAUGAAAUUUUUUUUUUCAGGUGAAUGUAGAAUUCUCAUUUUCCACAGAUUUAAAGAGCACAGUUGGUAUUCCAAAGGUGUUGAUGCUUAAAAGCUACAAUUCUAAAUGCACUAAAAUGUUUGAAGCAAAUCUACCUUAGAAACUUUUCUGGUAUUGUAUUUUUUUAAAGAUUUAGAAUUUUAUUUAAAUUUCCUGUGAGUUAAAUUCCGUGUUUGGGAAGAUACUAGUAUCUUCCCUUAUGUAUUAAAUGUGUUUCUCAUAUUUUUAAUCAAAUAUUUUAUAGAAAUGAGUUGGGAAAAGUUUAACAUGCACUAUUUAUAGUACUUUGCUGUUAACAGGCAAUGUUCUGGAAACUAAAUUUAUUUUUGUUCAGUGAACAUAAGUUUAGAUUUUUAAAGUUGGUAGAUAAUUUAUCUCCACUAAUAUUUUUUUAAGAGACUGUGAAGAGAUUAACAGGGAAUAGUUUUAUUUCAGAUUUUACUAAUGUAGUAUGUAGCUACAACUUGAAAUUCAAGUAAAGGCUAGGCUUUUACUUUGAAAAAAUUCCAUUGGGUAUUUCCAGUGCUAUUUCAUUUUAGAAAUAAGUGUUUGCCAUUCAUCUGAGGAAUCGUUUGACAAAGGGAACAUUACUAAAAAGAAUUCAGAGAUAAGCCUUGUUUUAAGUUCUACAAAAAUAUUUGUCAAAUGAAUGUGUUAUAAAAUUCCCUGCUAAAGACUUUUUCAUUAGUCUUAGAGGGUACAUGCUUUCUAGAACUUGUUUUGUUAUGUACUUUGAUGUAAAGAACAUAUUUUGUAUGCAAGACAUAAAAGUUGCAUUAUGGUUGUAAAAUAUACUAUAUUGUUUAGGGAUUCUGGAAAGCAGUUUUAAUGCUGAAAUAAUUAGUAUGUAGUUCAUAUUGUGAUGAAGCUUUGCUUUUGUAAUAUAUGAAUAAAAAUAUAACACUUUCUAA